GUGAUUGGUCAGCUCCAAACGGCCGCCCUUUUACGAAGUUGUUUUGUGUGCAGUGACUCUCUGUCAGCCGUGUGUUUUUCGGUAGAAUUUUAGUUUGCAUCAAGUUUCUGUCACAAAGGGUAGCUGCAGCGCAGAACAUACGAGCAUGUCUUUCUCCAAAGCGAAGAUCAAGCGGUAUUAUGACGACGCAGGUUGCGCCCCUCCCCCAGGACACUAUGAGGUGCAGGUUCCUGAGAACGGAGCACACGGCGCUGUCAUCACCAAGUCUGAGCGCUUCAAAGUACCAAAAGACCCCCCUCCCCCACCAUCCUCUGCUAAGCUGGACCGGACCAAAAGCAGCUCCACCAGUAACCUGACUGCAUCUGGGGACAGACUGGCCAAGAAACUCUUCCCUGGAGGAACACCUGGGACUUCUGCCAAAGGGAAGACACCUGACCAGCCCUCCUCAGAGCUGAAGAAAGAGAAGGAUCGUCUGGAGAGGGAGCUGCGUCGGUUGCUGCAGCAGCGUACGGAGCACGACGCCCAGCUGUCCGCAGCCAAGGAGGAGCUGCAGAGGACGGAGGGGAAGCUGAAGGCCGCGCUGGCCGAGAAGAACGCUCUCACAACGACUGUGGCCACGCUAGAGCGGCAGAGCAAGGAACUGAACAAGGCUAAUGAUGUACUGAAGACAAAGGUAUCAAGUAUGGAGGGUUCCAGACAGAGACAUGAGAGUGCUCAUCAGGACCUGGCAGAUACCAAAGCCAAGCUGCAGGCUAAACAACAGGAGUUGUCCAGUCUGCAGACAGAGCGAGAGGCCCAGGUCAGGAGUCUCCAGGCCGAUCUGGACGCUGCCAGGACAAACAUCGCUGCCCUCAGGGAGAGGAACCAGGCACUGGGUCAGUACUGGACUGUGGAGCAAACCAACCAAGAGAUCCAAGUUCUGAGCGAGCAGACAGAGAACGAAGUGUCACAGCUACAAAUGUUGACAGACCAGCUGAGAUCUGAGAACAGGUCACUAGAAGAGGCUGUGGAAGAGGGAAAAGAGAAAAAUCAGGCUCUUCAGAAGAAUCUACAAGAGGCCAUAGAGGACUCAGAGAGAAGGAUCCAGCAGAUAGCAGACAGUCUGACAGAAAAAUAUCAGAAUGCAGUGGGCCGUCAGAGAAAACUGGAAACUGCACUGAAGACAGCCGAGAACAACCUUAAGGAGACCGCAGAGACUCUAAGAACACUGGAAGAAGAGAAGCGAACUCUUGAGGACAAAGUGUCGUACAUGGAAGCUUCAGCUCAGGUUGGAGGGGAGAAAGAACACAGUUACCAGAACCACAUCAGUGAGCUGGAGGCUGCUGUUCAGCAGAAGACAGAGGCUGUGACAGCAGUGGAACAGCAGCUGUCUGAGGCACAGGGUAGCAUCAAACAGCUACAGGAACAGCUCAGGGAGAAUGAAGAUUUGAUGACUAACAACAUCAGGAACGUCACAGAAAAGUACCAGACUCUGGAGACAGCUUUUGCGACUGCGAGUGAUGAGCACGACAAUCGAGAGCAGCAGCUUGAAAUGGAAAUCCAGACCACGAGAACUGCACUACGAUCACGAGAGGAAGAGUGUCAGACACUACAGACCAACAACCUCAGCCUCAUCCAGCAGGUCAACACACAGAAGGAGAGGACAGACUCUGCCGUACGUGAACUGUCCAAGCUCAGGGAAGAAUUCAAGAGAAAAGAAGGGGAGAAAGAGACCAAACUGGACGAGUUGACCACAGAAAUGGACACCUUACUGACACAGGUUGAAGAACUGAGGGCAGAGGUGGAACAGUUGGAACAUACCAUUCAGGAGCAGGGGGAGGAAAAGACUUCUCUUCAAGAGCAGCUGGAUAAGAAGAAGCAGAAGUUGGAGAACCUUCUUCACCUGAACCAGGAGAUGUCUGAGAAGAUGAGGGAACAGAACAAGACCACCCUGGAGAAACUCUGCAGCAUGUCUCAGGAGUUCGACAAGUACAAGGAGUCCUCCCUGAAGGAGCAGGAACAGACCAUGGAACAGCUCAAGACCAUCACUCAGGAGAAGACUGUUGCUAGGCAACAAGUCAAGGAGCUGGAGAAGGUUCUGAAGGAGAGGGAGGCGGAGUUUGCCAGGGCUCGGGAGGAGUUCAGCAAGCGUCUGAUUGAUGCUCACACAAGAACUGCGAAUGUUGAGACAGACUUACAAAGACAUAAGGAGGAGACCAGAACUAAGGUGUCCAGUUUGCAAGAAGAACUGCAGAGAAAGGAACAAGAACAUCAGCAGGAACUGAGAGCUGUACAAGAUGAGCAGAGAGCUGAGGCUGAUCCUGAAGAACUUAGUAGACUCCAGGCAGAAGCAAACAGAUGGCAGACCCUCUUUGAAGAGCUGCAAGCCAAAGUGGAGCCAUUCCAGGACCAGCUGGAUGCCUUUGAGGCGGAGAAGAACGCCCUCUUGAGACAGACUACGGUAGCGCAGGGGGAGAUGAAGCGACUGGCGGACCAGUACACCAACCUGCUGGGGCAUCAGAACCAAAAGCAGAAAAUCCGCCACGUUCAGAAACUACAGCAGGAGAACGUCAAACUGAAGCAGGAAGUGACCAAACUGCGUGAGGAAACCUCCAAACACAAGCGCCAGAUACAGAAACUGCAGGACAAGCUGAACAAGGCCCAGGGUGUGCGCAGGUUCGACCCUUCCAAGGCUUUCCAACAUAAGGAGAACGAAGACCCUUCAGCAGAUAACUCAAUGAUGUCUACCAUGUGAUCACUCGUACCAGGAAGCCAAGAGAGAAGGAGAGAAACAUGACGAGUUAAGUCUUUAGUAGCUACUUGGUCACUAGUAAUUUAAUGUAUUACCGCACCAACCAGUAUGUAUACAUGAUCUCAAUAUGAAAACAUUGUUUUGUGUGUAUGUCUGCAUGACAAAGAGCAAUAAAUUCAAGUAGUGUGUAUUUUCCAGACUAUGGUGUAGGAUCCAUUGAUGUUUUCAAAAGACAAAAACUUGUUCACCGCAAUUUUGCAUGCUGAUGCUUGAAAGUGAGAUUGUGUCUUGCAGUAGUUGACAGUAAUGUUCAGUGGACUGUCAUGAAAUGAACUUUGCUUUUAAGAUUACGUGAUUCUAUUUUGAUAGUAGAGAUGUACAGUUCGUAGUCUUGGACCACAUAAACAAAUAUAUACCUGCUUUUUUAUUUGUGAAGACUUAGAAAUUCCAGAACCAGCCAACCAAUAUUACUGACCAACUGGUGAGGGGUUUUGAUGUUUAGUACAUGUACAAUGUACUUUACAUUAUGUUGUACAUGUUAUAAUGUUUGCCCUGUGAUUUUGUAUUAUUCAUGUUUAUUUCAUUGACUUUGUACAUCAAAACUGUCUGUAGAUUGUACUGUUUUUAACUCUUUCACUCUGUCCCAAGUCUUGUAUUCUUUGAAAAGUGAUCUCCAGUAAAGAUGUGUUUUUUUACCCCAA